AUGGAUACCCGUUCUUUGCUCUCCGAGCGGUCGUUUGACAUAGGCGGCUUGCUGCGUUCCAACACGACCAUCCAGUCAUCCACGGUUGAAAUCCAUUUCGACCCGCGUUCUCAGUGGUGGCUCACGAACGGAUACCCCCCUGAGCUCGUUCCGAGCAUUGGAAAGGACGUGUUUGUAGAAGUUGAUACUCACGAGGUCACGAAGCGCGGCUCGCGGAGGGUCAUCCUCAAGGACUACCACUUCCUCUACUCUGACUACUCGCAGUUGGUGGUGGAAAUUAUCUAUGACCAGGCGGACCCACACGGGUCUGUGGUGUGCAAGCAGACAUACAAGCCAGCCGCUCCGGUGCGAAUGGAUUUGUUGAUGCUGGCGCCGUCAGCGUUCGGUUUCAAGAUCGCCGAGGCGGCGCACUUGUGUCUCGGCAAGCACUUGCAUAAGGAGCUUCUUGGGCAUGUCACUUCGCCGUUCAGAACGGCAAUCGUCCCAGCGAUCGGCAACAAGGUGUUUGGGGUGACAAUCUUGUCUAUCGGAGGCUCUUCGACGAGCCAGAUUGCAGAGGUGAAGCCGGGAGACAUCUUGGGGAUCCGCAAGGGCAAGUUUGCGAACGCUAAGCUUGUGGGUAAAGCUUUGGAGCUUGGCUUUGGCGAGAUCCCGGCGAUGUGUGUAGUGUUGGAGUACGACGAGAUGAAGAAGAAGUUCAAGGUGGCGAUGCAGGAUAGUCACGGGGCUGUGAAGAAGGAGUCGUUCAGGGUGAGUGACAUGAAGAGUGGGAGGAUGAGGGUGUUCAGAGUUGUGGCGAGGGAAUAUGUUGGGUGGUAG